CCUCAGUGCUCCUGUGGCGGUGACGUCACUGCUCCCAGGUGUGGCACCAGAGAGCCAGGUAGUCAUGUUCGGGAGUAAAAAGAAAUAAGACAAAUGUUUUUAGGACGUUCCCGAAGUCGCUUGAUUUGUUGUUUUAGUGGCCGGAAGGAAGUUUGCCGCAUGAUAAGAAAGAUCUCCUCAAGGGACUCUAAUUAUCUUCCAAAGUCGUCCAACUGGGAGUCUCAGGCAUGGCGGCCGUGUGCUGAACAAGAAGCAUCUUUUAAAGCAUCGAAUUCUCUUCCAAAGUCGUCCAAGCCAUGGCGGCUGUGUGCUGAACAAGAAACAUCUUUGAAAGCACAGCUGAGUAGUCACUGGCACUCAUUAGUAGGUGUCGGAUCGAUACAUGCUUGCAUCGAUCGACUGUCACUCAUUAGGCGUCGGAUCGAUACAUGCUCGCAAGCUAGGCGGGAAGACUUCCGCUUGAAGGCAAAGCCGCAAGUGUGCCAGCAUGGCCGACGUAGACCUGGAGCAGCGUGAACCUUUCCCGGUGGACGAUGAAGAAGGAAAGCGGGAUCGCCCUGACGGGGAGCGGAAGCUGGGAUUCUGUGAGAAGUUCCAGCAGAACAUCUCCAGGUGGAUGCUUCCGGAAAGUUCCCGCAGCUCCUACCUGGAGAGAGCCAACUGCUGCCCGCCUCCCAUCUUCAUCCUGGUGAUCAGUGUGGUGGAGCUGGCCAUGUUCAUCUACUACGCCGUGUGGAAGCCUCAGAAGCAGUGGGUGACGCUGGAAGAAGGCAUCUGGAACAGCCGCCUCACCUACAGACCCGAGCUCCGGCAGGAAGCCUGGCGCUUUAUCUCCUACAUGUUUGUCCACGCCGGCGUGGAGCACAUAGUGGGCAACCUGUUCAUGCAGCUCCUGCUCGGCAUCCCCUUAGAGAUGGUCCACAAGGGCUUCGAAGUGGGCAUACUCUACCUGGCGGGGGUCUUGGCAGGGUCGCUGGCCAGCUCCAUCUUUGAUCCCCUCAGUGCCUUGGUGGGGGCUUCAGGAGGGGUCUACGCCCUCAUGGGGGGCUACUUCAUGAACGCAGUGGUGAACUUCCGGGAGAUGAUCCCCGUCCUGGGCGUGUUCCGUAUCCUCCUCAUCGUGCUCAUCGUCGGCGUGGACUUUGGUUUCGCUUUCUACAGAAGAUUCGCAGGCGACGAGGGUAUGAAGGUGUCCUUCGUGGCUCACUUUGGAGGAAUCGUGGCGGGCAUGACCAUCGGCUACGUCUUCUUCAGCGACUACAACAAGAAGCUGCUGAAAGACCCUCGUUUCUGGAUUUGUAUCGCAGGUUACUUGCUUUUUGUCCUCUUUGCUGUUCUUUUCAACAUCUUCAUCUCGCCCGCCUCUCUGUAGUAGCGCACACCCAGACUCCCUUUUUUUUUUUUUUUACAAAGAGCACUAGGACUCAUUUUUUACCCACUUUCACCACUUGUUUUUAAUGGAAACGCCCUCUGCAGGUGACAAGUAGUAAUGCAGGGGAUUUAAGAAAGUAAAAAGGUGAACGAUUGAACAUGUUUGACGACAUUGUAAAAAAGUAUUUCCACUACACAUUUUAAGAGCGCAUCCCCGCCGUCUGUUUUUUUGGUUCAUGUUUUCUUAUAUUAAAAAAGCAAGUAUGUGA